AUGGCAUGCCUUCGGGCGUUACUAUCCCCUGCGAUCAGAGCGGUCUACAAAUACAGUUUAUGGCUUUCAGCAGAAGAUCUGGCGAAACCUCACUUGGUUAUUAAUGCCUUGACAGAAUAUUAUGGCGCAAGCAUUGGGGUGUCCCGGGUGAAAGACACAAGCCUCUUCGCCUGAUGCAAAAUGAAGACGAAUCGAUCGGCUCUUAGGAAUCGCGUAUACGAAAUCAAGCUUCACAGUGCGAAUAUGAGAAUAACGUCUGAAACCUUGCGUGUAAAACUAACCGGUAAAGGCCAAAGACACCGAGAUGCGGCAGCCAUCCCAGUCCUCGUCAACAUUGCGUUUGGCAAGAGAUGCAAUAAGUGUGGAAUCGUUGGUCAUUUCGCUCGUGCAUGUAAAGGAGGAACAGGAAAGCAAGCAGGCAACAAGCAACAGUCAAAUUUCGUUGAUGAUGAUGCAGAUGAGGAGGCGUUUGUAGCAGAAUGCAAAGCAUCACAUAAGCCUGCAAAGAAGUUCUUCGCUCAUUUACACCUUGUUCACGACGGGAAAUCGAAAAUUGUGAGAGCACAAAUCGACUCAGCUUCAACUUGCAAUACCAUGCCCAGCAAUUUAUUAAGCCAGUUAUUCCCUAAUUUGAAGGUUUCAAAGACCAGAAGCAGAAUCAGCACAUAUGGAAGUCAAAAAAUGCGACCAAAAGGUCAAGUGACCCUAGUUUGCGACAGAAGCAGACUAGAGACAAUAGAUUUUCUUGCGGUGGAUGUCCCUGGCGACAAACCGUCACUUCUCAGCGGAAAGGAUGCGCAGGCUCUAAAGUAUUUGAAGAUUUAUGCAGACGAAAGAAACGCAGUUGAGGACGAGAUUCCGCAAACUCCGCAAACACUUCCCCCACUCGGAAUGCUAAUGGCGGAGGACAUUUUACGGCAGUAUGCUAAUGUGUCUAGACCGUGGCGCGGGAAACCCCUUGGGACACUUAUGCAUAUUCAGCUGGACUCCUCCGUUACACCUGUUUCAUGCCCCAACACACCGAGUGCCUGUGGAAGAGUUAGACCAGGUAAAUGA